AUGUCUAAAGAACAGGAUUUGAUAGAUUGUGUGCAAAAGCAUACAUCUUCAAACGUCACACCCAAUUUUUUGGACACACUUCGAAGAAUUUCAGCGAAGAAUUCUACAAAUGUACAAGGGUUCAUUGACUCUAGCAAAGCUUUAGGUAAAUUUGAAGGUGAAGAGUCAUUUUUAGCCGAGUUACACUGUAAAUUAUUGAAUAAUGAGACUACUAGUACUGGUAGCAAGGUUGCAGCAAAGAAGCGGAAGGUACGAUUGUCAUACAUGAAUGAAGGAGAUGACGAAGAAGAUGAUGACGGAAAUGAAGAUUUUAUAGUAAAUCCAUUUCUAACCAAAGAAUCGCCAAAAGUCAAGUCUACAUCUCAAAUAAAGUUCAAAAAGCUUGAUAGGGGUGAUGCACAACGUCUUAAAGAAUAUGCUUCUCCAAGUGUAUCAAGUAAGGUUAUCCCAAAGCCUAGCACAAAGAAUGACCAGACUUCUAUACUGAACCGAUUUAUACCUGGACGCCCCAAAAUGGGCCGCAAUGACACUAUAUCAGAGACUGAUAGAGAAUGGUACAAUUAUGAUGAUGACUAUGGUAAUCCCGUGCCUCAAGAAGAAUCCUUUAUAAGUGAACUACAGUUCAAACGUCCACACCUAACUUCAGAUAUAGAUGUGAGCAACAUCCAUACACAAGUUCAGGUGGACUCACUGUCUAUAAAUGAAAGAAAGGAGUGGAUUCCGCAGUUCUUGAAAGUUUAUACACAGGAAAGAAACAUUUCCGACUCAACAAUUCUAGGUUCAUUGGCUGAACAGAAUGCGCAAGAUGGAUUAAUCAACCCUUUCAAGAAACCUGAUGGCCAAUUUGCAAUUAAUGCUAGGAAAGGUAGUAAGUUAGUUAAUUUCAAAAGAAUAUCAAAGGAGCAACGAGCUAAGGCAAAAGAGAGUACUGCUGUCGCCGGUACUCAAUUGGGUAAUCUAUUAGGUUUGAAAGAGUCCCAUGAAAAACGAGAAGAGGAUACGACGCAGCACACAACUUUUGAAAAUACUCCUGAGGACAUUGAAUCUACCCGUAGGUCAUUACCUGCGUUCAAAGUAAGAUCAGAUUUGCUCACGAUGAUAAGAGACAACCAGAUUUCAAUUAUUAUUGGUGAAACUGGUUCUGGUAAAACGACACAAUUAGCUCAAUAUUUAUAUGAGGACGGUUUUUGCUCUGGAGGAAGAUUAAUUGGUAUUACACAACCACGUAGGGUUGCAGCAAUGUCAGUGGCUAACAGAGUAGCCCUUGAAAUGAACGUACAAUUGGGUGAGGAGGUUGGUUAUUCCAUUAGAUUUGAAGACUACACAUCCCCUAAGACCAGGCUCAAAUUUAUGACUGACGGUAUUCUUCUCCGCGAGACAUUAUUAGAUCCAGAAUUAGAAAAGUAUGGCUGUAUUAUAAUUGAUGAGGCCCAUGAACGGUCCUUAAAUACUGACAUAAUGAUUGGUAUUUUAAGAAAUUUGCUCGUUAAAAGAAGGGACUUGAAACUGAUAGUAACCUCUGCAACAAUGAAUGCAGCAAAAUUUUCUGAAUUUUUUGGUAAUGCCCCUCAAUUUACUAUUCCUGGUAGAACAUAUCCUGUUGAUAUAAUUUAUUCUAAAAAUCUAGUCAACGACUACGUGGAGGCUGCUGUCACUGAAGCUGUAAAAAUUCAUUUGUCCAAUAAGAUCUCAAGCGGAGACAUCCUGAUUUUCAUGACAGGUCAAGAAGAUAUCGAAGUAUGCAUGGAUUUGAUUAAGGAAAAGCUGACAGAAGUAUAUAGCAAAAAAUUUGGAAUCUCGAAAUUUGAAGAAAUAAGCGACCUUGAGAUCUUUCCUCUAUACUCAGCUUUACCGCCUGCUCUCCAAAAUAAAAUAUUUAGGAAGCUGGAUGAUAGCAGAAGAAAAAUAGUAAUUGCGACUAAUAUUGCAGAAACCUCUUUAACUAUUGAUGGGAUUAGGUACGUAGUAGACUGUGGUUACUCAAAACUUAAAGUUUACAAUCCAAGAAUAGGGUUGGACAGUUUGGCCAUAACUCCAAUCUCCCGGGCUAAUGCCAACCAACGUUCAGGAAGAGCUGGUCGUACUUCUACUGGUGUAGCAUAUAGACUCUACACCGAAGAGACGUUGGAAACUGAGAUGUACGUCUCCACUAUUCCUGAGCUUCAAAGAACAAGUCUGCAAAAUACAAUACUACUUUUGAAAUCUCUUGGGGUCAAAGAUGUUUUAAGCUUCCCAUUAAUGGAUUCCCCGCCCUUACAAACAUUGUUAGCCUCCUUAUACGACCUAUGGCUCAUAAAUGCGAUUGAUAAUUUUGGAAACUUGACUAGUUUGGGGAAAUUAAUGUCCAAAUUUCCAUUACAACCAUCUCUAGCAAGGAUUUUGAUUACUGCUUCCUACAACGAUUGUAGUGAAGAAAUGUUGACUAUAGUGUCAAUGCUUUCAGUACCUCAAGUAUUUCAAAGGCCAAAACAAAGGGAGAAGGAGGCAGAUUUGGCAAGAAGUAAGUUUUUCGUGCCUGGAUCUGACCAUUUAACACUUUUGAACGUUUACUCACAAUGGAAGCAAAAUAAGUUCUCUUCUCAAUGGUGUACAAAGAAUUUUGUUCAAUAUAGGGCAAUGUGUAAAGCACAUGAUAUAAGAGAACAGCUUGUAAAGAUUAUGGGAAAGAAUAAAGUGCUAUUAACCUCAUCCGGUACUGAUUGGACAAUUGUAAAAAAAUGUAUAUGUUCAGGUUUUGCACAUCAGGCUGCAAAACUUUCAGGAUUGGGAAAAUAUGUUCAUAUGAAAACGGGUAUGGAUGUACAGCUUCAUCCAACCAGUACCCUAUUUGGCCUGGGUGACCCUCCUUCUUACGUAGUGUAUAAUGAGCUGUUGAUGACUUCAAAAGAAUAUAUUUGUUGCGUCACAGCUGUGGACCCCUUUUGGCUGGUAGAAUCUGGGCCGCUUUUAUAUGGCAUUAGAAGGAUAGAUGAUGAUAGUUCAUAUCAUCAGUCAUUUGCCUUAAUGCAGCACAAAACUGGUAACGAUCAUGCUAGAGAAAAGAGACAGAGGGAUGAUAUUGAAAGAGAGAUAAACAGAUGUCUAGAGAAAAGGACGCAAAUGAUUAUACAGUUGCAGCAAGAUAAUAAGAAGGCUGAAUCAUUACUGAAGCGCGAGCACUUGGAUAGGACCAAGCUUGACGGAACGGGUUCCUUCAGAAUUGGGCUAAAAAAAGGAGACCUGCCUGAAUAUUGGUGGGUAUACGUCUUUAAUACAUAUGAUUGA